GAUCUGCCGCCUUUCCCUCCAACAACAGUGAUGCGGGCAGUAGCGUCGCCUCUGCGCAGCAUGGCUGCGACGAAUGGCUCCGCCCCGCUGGCCCCUGCGCUGAGCCGCACCUACCUGACUGAGUACAGGGUGCAUGAGGCGUCUGGCUUCGACACAAAGGUCUUCACCAAGGAGAAGAUCAGCAUCGGCGGAAAGGACGAGUGGAUCGUGCGCGGCGGACGGCACCUCUUCAGCAAACUGCCUGAGGCAUUCAGUGGUGGGCGCAGGCACAGGCACAAGCAGGGUGCACCGUGAUGCACUGCAAGUGUGUGUGUGUGUGUGUGCAGGGAUCAAGCAGAUCGGUGUGAUUGGUUGGGGUUCGCAAGGCCCGGCCCAGUCGCAGAACCUGCGCGACAGCCUGGAGGGGACGGGGAUCAAGGUCAAGCUGGGCCUCCGGAGCGAGACGCUCAAGAAGGGCCGCCACCCCUGUGAAGACAAGGGCUUCACCGAGGCCUCCGGCACUCUCGGCGAGAUGUACGACGUUAUUGCCGAGUCCGACCUGUCGAUUCUGCUGAUAUCCGACGCGGCGCAGAGUGAGAACUACGAGCAGAUCUUCAAGGCGCUCAAGGGCGGGAGCUACCUGGGGCUGAGCCACGGCUUCCUCCUGGGCCACCUCAAGAGCAUCGGGCAGACCUUCCCAAAGGACCUCAACGUCAUCGCCGUGUGCCCAAAAGGUCCGUUCCGCUGGAGUGGACACAUGUCUGUGUGUGGUGGAUUCACGCGUGUGCCGUCGCAUGCGGUGUGUGUGUGUGUGUGUGUGUGGCCUUGCAGGGAUGGGCCCGUCUGUCCGCCGUCUGUAUGAGCAGGGCCGUGAGGUCAACGGCGCCGGCAUCAACUGCUCAUUCGCCGUGCAUCAAGACGUGUCAGGUAGCCCAACACACCAUAAGACAUCAACACACUCUCACGCACACACUCUCCCUCCCUCUCUCUCUCUCUCUCUCUCUCUCUGUGUGUGUGUGUGUGUGUGUGUGUGCCUUCACUGACACAGGGCGGUCGACUGACGUGGCGUUGGGCUGGGCGGUGGGUCUGGGGUCGCCCGUGACCUUCCAGACCACUCUCGAGUCCGAGUACAAGUCAGACAUAUUCGGAGAGAGAGGCAUCCUACUCGGUGCGUGAGGCAGCGGAGGUGGGGCAGAGAGGAAUUGCCAGUGGUUUGGUAGAUCCUUCGGCUGUCUGUGUGUGUGUGUGUGUGUGUGUGUUGUGUGCAGGUGCUGUCCACGGUCUGUGUGAGGGUCUGUUUCGUUACUUUGUGCGCAAUGGCGUCGACAAGGCAGAGGCCUACAUUCGGUGAGUGUGGGUGGGAGGGAGGGAGGGAGGGAGGGAGGGACUGGGCCGGACUGUUCCACCUACCCUGUGUCUGUGUGUGUGUGUGUCAGGUCUGUGGAGUGCAUCACGGGUCCCAUUUCCAAGGGCAUCAGCCACACGGGCCUGCUGUCCAUCUACACCAACAUGAGCGACGCCGAUAAGAAGCUAUUCGAAAAGGCUUACACCGCCGCAUACCACCCUGCAAUGGUGACUUCCCAUCACACACCCCUCACACACACACACAUUCACAAUGGCAUCUCUCUCCGUGUGUGUGUGUGUGUGUGCAGGAGAUAUUGUUGGAGUGCUAUGAGGAGGUUGCGUCAGGUCGCGAGAUCGCCUCAGUCAUCGACCACUCCAAGCGGUUCAGGCUCUACCCCAUCGGCAAAAUCGACUCCACUGAGCUGUGGCAGGUCAGACACGCACACACUCACACACAGUCACUCACACACAGUCACACACACACACACACACACACACAGACAGCAAGGCUCCCCCUUGGCUUGUUGUGUGCAAUGUCUGUGUGUGAUGUGUGUUUGUGUGGGUGCAUUCAUCUGCAGGUGGGCGACAAGGUGCGUGAGGCGCGUCCCGCGACCAUCCCUGUCGACCCCGUGACGGCCGGCAUGUACCUCGCCACCAUGGUCGCACAGUGCGACCUCCUCAUGGACGCCGGUACGUGUCUGCGCCGCGCCCAUCCACACACACACACAGACAGAGACUGUGGAAACGCUCCUGAUGUUUGUGUGCGGUGUGGUGUGGUUUGCUGUGUGUGCGUUGUCAGGUCAUGCGUACAGCGAGGUGGCGAACGAGAGCAUCAUAGAGGCGGUGGACUCGCUGAACCCAUACAUGGCUUUCAAGGGCGUCGCAUACAUGGUCGACAACUGCAGCAGAACCGCACGACUAGGUCGGUGAAAGGCACCCAUCCCCACACACACACACCGACCCGGUGACACACCCCUUUCUCUCUCCCUCCGUCUCUCCCUGUCUGUGUGUGAAGGUUCUCGGAAGUGGGCGCCCCGGUUUGACUAUUUGUUUGAGCAGCAGGCCUUCCCCAAGCUGGCGGACCUGUCGAGUGCCCCCAUCGACGCGCAGCUGAUCAGCGACUUCAGGAACCACAAGAUCCACAGCGUCAUGAAGGUGUGCGCCGACCUCCGACCGCCUGUGGACAUCGUCCCGCACCUCACACACCUCGGCUGAUGGUUGACAAGAUGGAUGGGCGGAGGUGUGCUCG